CCUCAGUUCUGCUGGAAGCAAGCCGUGUAGGGUGACAGUCACACGCCGUGUUGCCUCGUCAUGGGCUUGCCUGCUCAGCUGUUGGUUUCGACCCUGUGACCUUUUGACUGAGAGGCGAACAGAGUACCUGUAGACCACGAGAGUCCCCCUUGGAAGGUUUGAUCAGUGGUCUGUCGUGGCAUGAUGUCACUGAGGCAGCGCGAGUGACCACAACAGUAGUGGGUGUGUGACCAGAGAAGUGAGGAUAUGACGAAGGAGAAAGAACGAACGGUUGGACGAGGGAGGAAAAAGGAGAAGAAGAAGGAGGAGGAGGAGGAGAAGAGGAUGAUGAGGGGACAGAGGAACAACAACAGUUACCUGAUCGACGGAUGUGGUCAACUAUGCUCCAACUGUCCACCAAUGACAGGGGACCAGGCAGAACAACUUCUGUGCUACGGGGCCGUGGGCAAAGACCCGCUUCUGAGGGCGCGAGUUGAGCAGGCCCUACUGGAAGUCACAGCCGACAAAGUGAUCAAGAACUACCUGACCUCUGUCCGCUAUGGCCUCCGUGACGUCAUGGACCAGCUGCUGGAGGCGAUACGCGGGAAGUUCUCCGUCGUCUGCCAGACUCAGGAGUUCCUCACUCUGCCCCUGGGGAUUGUCAAGCAACCAGAGAAUGACUGGAUUCUUACCCCGUAA